AAAUAAUCUUUGUCUGAAAAUAAAAUAUGAUCCUCAACUGCGUUUCCCCUCCAGUCAGCAGACGGCGAUGUGCGUCUUUCAGGCGACGCUGCCAGCGUGACGUAUAAUCUAGUGGACGGUUCUUCAUAAACAGCUCGUCAACCACCUCGGUAGCUUGCUAGCCAACAUAGCCGAAAGAUUCAAGCUAUUUAUACGCUUUCGGUGUAUAUUAGCUACUGUGUUUUCGACACACUUAGGUCGUAUCUACUUGUUAACCUAUUUAAUAUUACGUUAUUUUGUAUUAGUCAGCUAUAGUAGCUGGCUGGUUAAGUUACCACUAGCCUAGUCGCUAAUGAUAGCUAGCUAGCUAACAUCCCCGACCAUGAGGUCAGUAAGCUUCUCCCCUCCUGUUAAAGAAGAGGUCUGCUGGACGGAGAAAGAAGCUCUGGGGCUGAACAUUGUCGUGAAAGAGGAGAAGGAAGAGGAGAAUGUCACAGUUAAAAAAGAAGAGAAAGACGUUUCAGUGAAAGAAGAGGAAGACGCGUUCAGAGUGAAAGAGGAGGAGGAGGAUGUUACAGUGAAAGAAGAGGAGGAAGAGAAAGAGGAGGAUGCAGUUUUUGGAGUGAAGAAGGAAGGGGAGAUUACUGUCACAUUGAAAGAUGAAGAGGAGAUAGGAGAUCUGAGUAACACCAGAGAGAGACGGGACUACCGUGGGUCUUCUGGGGAGCCUCAACAACCUCAUGAUGCUGACAAGGCAGAGAAGAGUCUCUCCACAUCAGAACACCUCAAGAAACACCUGCAGAGAUCCACAGGGAAGAAACCUCGCUGCUGCUCUGACGGUGGGAAGAGAUUCACCUCCUCAGCAGGCAUUAAAAUUCAUCAGAGAAUCCACACAGUGGAGAAACCUUAUAGCUGUACUCAAUGUGGGAAGAGUUUUACCCAUUCAACCAGCCUGAUAUCACACCAGAGAACACACACAGGAAAGACAUCUUACAUCUGUAGCUGUGGUAUAUGUGGGAAGAGUUUUACUCGGCUAAGCACCCUGAUAUCACACCAGAGAACACACACAGGAGAGAAACGAGAGAAACCGUAUAGCUGUGAUGAAUGUGGGAAGAGUUUUUAUACAUCUAGCCAUCUUAUUGUACACCAAAGAACACACACAGGAGAGAAACCGUAUAGUUGUACUCAGUGUGGGAAGAGUUUUUUUACAUCUAGCUAUCUGAAGAGGCACCAGAGAACACACACAGGAGAGAAACCUUUUAGCUGUACUCAAUGCGGUAAGAGUUUUACUCAGCUAAGCAACCUGAUAUCACACCAGAGAACACACUCAGGAGAGAAACCGUAUAGCUGUAAUGAAUGUUGGAAGAGUUUUACUCACCUAAGCAGCCUGACAUCACACCAGAGAACACACACAAGAGAUAAACCAUAUAGCUGUCAUGAAUGUGAGAAGAGUUUUAUUAGCCUAAGCAGCCUGAUGUCACACCAGAGAACACACACAGGAGAGAAACUUUAUAGCUGUACUCAAUGUGGGAAGAGUUUUAAUACAUCCAGCAUUCUGACUAGACACCAGAGAACACACACAGGAGAGAACCCGUUUAGCUGUGAUCAAUGUGGGAAGAGUUUUACUCAGCUAAGCGGCAUGAUAUCACACCGGAGAACACACACGGGAGAGAAACCAUAUAGCUGUGAUCAAUGUGGGAAGAGUUUUGCUACAUCUGGCCAGCUGACUUCACACCAGAUAACACACACAGGAGAGAAACGUUAUAGCUGUGAUCAAUGUGGGAAGAGUUUUGUUCAAUCUGGCAAUCUAAAAGUUCACCAGAGAACACACACAGGAGAGAAAUCUUAUAGCUGUAAUCAAUGUGACAAGAGAUACUCUAAUAAAAGGUGUCUGAUCAAACAUCAGAAAAUACAUGAAGGAGUUGUUUCAUGAUAUCAAUAAAAUGAUGUCACAAUGUAGAAUGUUGUAGGAGUAUUUUAAUGAUGUCACAAUGUAGAACCCUAAAUAUUUGUCCCCUGUUCUAUUAAUUUCAACAUGAUAUGGAUAUUAGCCUCAGGGGGAAAAUCCAGGCUCUGAAAUGGAAGAGUACUAUUUAUGUGAUUUAACAAAAAGUGAAUACCACAAAAAGAGCUGUGUUACACUUACCACGUUGGUGACCCACUUGAAUCAAAAUGCAACACUUCAAAAUGUAGCUAAUUGUUUACCACAAAUUGUCCUCUAAUCAGGGAUGUACACAUUACUCCCAGAUUCUGUGUGGUUUUUGAGCUGUUAGUUUUAACAGGACGUGCAACCUCAUCUCCCUCCUGUCACACAGUUGAUUUCAACAUGAUAUCGAUGAGUGAUGACAAAUAAGUGUUGUGUUCCUUUCUUUAGCGACCCCUACAUUUAAAUGCAUCACUCCAAUAUGUAGCUGACUGUCUUCUGCAGGUUGUCCACUAAUCAGUGAGGUAAAAUAUAUCUCCCAUUUCCAUGUGUUUUUUUGUUGUGUUAGUUUCAACAGCACGUACAACCUGAUUUCCCCCCUAAUUAAUAUCAGUGAUUUAUUGCUACUUGUCAAAACAACAGCGUUUUUGGUGCUUGUGCAGUUAAUAAGGAGCUUGUUUAAAAAAUACAAGUAAUGUGAUUAUUGUGGCAGUUUGUGUAUAUCGUACAUUUUAUGUUUAGGUUUUCAAUAUAUCACAAACUGUUUCUGCAUAUUGGUUAUUGAUUUAGACACAUUAUAACUGUGUUUUGACAUUGGCCCACUGUUCCUAGGCCGUCGUUGUUAAAUAAAAAGUAGAGUUCUAGAAUCUAGUGAGUUUAAGGAUUCUAUAGAAAGAAAAAUGCUGCCAUUUUAAUAUUUGAGAAAUUAACCAAUGAUAUUAGGCCACUCUUGGCCAUGAUUACAGACACCUGUGUGUCUUGACGCUAUAUAUAAACGAGUCAACCCGCAGUGUCUGUGAUUGUACCUUGAUGAAGACAGCUUGCCUGUCGAAACGUUGGUAAAUUAAAUAUUUUUUCAUCUGA